AUUAUAAUCCAUAACUGUUUUGACGUGUACACUAUGUUACUUUCUCAAUUGUUCUCCAACAUAUUUGAGUAAUCGACAGUUUUGCUCCAAGUAGAGAAUGUUCUUUGAAUCUCUGUUAUUUCUUCUUGCUAUUACAAUAAACUCUUUAAUAUUUUAUUUUAAAAAGUUGAAGAAUGCAAGCAAACUAUCAAUAUGUGUUGGUGUGGCUUCAGUGGUUGUAGGUGGGAUUUUAAGUUUCACUGUUUAUUAUCAUGUCUUUCCUUCUGAAGAAAAGGUAGAAAGGGAAUUUGAUCAAAAUGUUCAUUGGAAAGAUGCAAAGUCUGUCUACAACUUCACAGUGAAAAAUAUAAAGGGUGAAAAUGUAUCAUUAGCAGAUUACAAAGGUCAUGUGCUGCUGAUAGUGAAUGUAGCAUCAGAAUGUGGUUUCACUGAUGAAAAUUACGAGGAACUGGUAGAGCUGGACAAGAAGUAUCGAGAGUCAAAGGGCCUCAGAAUAUUGGCGUUUCCUUGCAACCAGUUUGGAGAACAAGAACCAGGCACGAAUGAGGAAAUUUGUAGAUUUGCUGAAGUAAAAGGAGCGAAGUUUGAUUUAUUUGAUAAAAUUAAUGUGAACGGAGAGAAUGCUCAUCCUCUCUGGAAAUAUCUGAAAUACAAAAUGGAUAAGAUUGCUAUUGAGUGGAAUUUUGCAAAAUUUGUCGUGGACAAGAGUGGAAGAGUAGUGAGAAGAUUCCAUCCGGAUGUUACUCCAUUUGAAGUAGCAGAAACUUUGGCUGAGGUUUGGUGAAAACGAAAACUCUUAAGAACUUAACAAUUCUACUCAUCUAUUACUGAGAACUGGCUAUAGAUUUGUUAUACAAAUAUACACAUUUUACUGGAAUUUUUAUUAUAAU